CCCGUUGUAUUCCUGCUGUGUUUCUCUUCUGCUAGAUUUAUAAAUUGUAACAGACUGUGUUGCAGGUUGCCGUCAUUUGCGUCGCCGGGAUCUAGCAGUAUGAUGUGGAGUGCAGCGCUGUCAUGCAUGACUAUUAUCUGGAUUCUCGUUGGAUCCUUGGCCUGCCAGCGAAAUUGUGGAUCGCAAAAAGAAGAUAAUGACCGCUUCAUCUUGGAUAGUGUUGUCUACAAGAAUGAAGUCUCAACAUCAUCUCUUUCCGCUGGUAAAGUCUGGUUGUUUGCUGUGGAUGGUCGUAGAAAACCGUACAAUUUUCUAGAUGAAAAUGGAAAGCUGGUUGGCUUUGAUGUGGAUUUCAUAUCCAAAGUAUGUUCUGUUGUACAAAAGAAGUGCAAAAUUGUACUUGCUGAAUUCACUGAAUGCACCAUCACUGAAAGAAAUAUCAACUAUGCUGGAAGAGGCCUCAUGUCAGGAUGGUUUGAUGGAUGUCCAGGUUAUGUUCUAUCCUUGGACAGGCAAGGAGCUUUUGAUUUUACUGAGCCUUAUCUUGCAACUGAUGCUUCUUUCACUGUGUCUCCUGGCAACCCCUCUGGCUUUGACCCAGACUUGGAUGAUUACUCUAAAUUCACCUUGACCCAUUUGACAGGAGCUGUCACAAAUGCUCAGUGCCUGAAUAGGUUGCACAAGAAGUUUGGGAAAAUUAUUGUGGCUGCAGACUUACCAGAUGCCAAAGAGUUGUUACUGAACAGAACUGCUGAUGUGUUAUUCUCUGCCCGAAGAUCAAUUUCAGGCCUUGAAGUUUUGCCCCAGCGUGUGCACUGUGAAAUGGGUGGCACCGGAGUGAUGCUGAAAAAAGGCAGCGAGCUGGCUCAGUGGUGGAAUCCUGCCUUUCAGACGUUGGUCUUGUCUGGCGGGUACGCUCAGUUCUGUGCUGAAAGUGAAACCAAAUACAAUGCGACAUUCAGAUGUCUGUCAGGCCUAAAGGCUGGCCAUAUAAUAUCUGGAAAGCCACUGACCCCAGCAACACAGACCAUGUCUCAGGACGCUGCUGAUCAGAGAGUGUGGCUUUUCGCUCUUAGUGGCAGGAGGAAACCCUUUGCAUUCCAGGAUGAGGAAGGGAGGUUGAGUGGCUUCAAUAUUGAUUUUGUGCGUGCAGUGUGUGCUGAAGCGAAGCAAGUGUGUGACUUUGUCUUGUCACAGUUUACAGAAUGUUCCUUCACCCAACGCAACAUCAACUAUGCUGGAAGAGGGCUCAUGGAUGGCUGGUUCGAUGCUUGCAUGGGUUAUGCGGACUCUGUGGACAGAGCGGCUGCCGUGGACUUCACAGAUGCUUUCCUAGAAUCAUCCUCCACCUUCACUGUAGUACCAGGAAAUCCAUCUGGCUUUGACCCAGAUCAACAGGACUUCUCAAAUUUUACCUUCACUCAUCUGACUGGAGCGUACACCAAUGCCCAGUGCUUGAACAGACUGAAGAAAAAGUUUGGAAAGAUUGUUAUUGCUGCAAACCUUCCAGAGGCUAAAGAACUGCUCUUUGACAGGAAGGCAGACGUGCUGUUCUCCCCACGGGGCAAAAUCCCCGACUUGGAGGUGUUACCCCAGAGAGUGCACUGUGAGCGCACGGGCUCGGCCAUCAUGACCAAGAGAGGGAGCCCCCUAGUGGACUGGUGGAAUGCAGCGUUUCGCUCUCUUGUACGGAAAGGGCUGUACCAGAAAGUGUGUGAGGAGGGCAGAGUGAAAUACAACUUUCCAAUCAGAUGUUUUCCAGAGAACACUUCCUUACCUACCAGUGGAUAUCCAGAGGAUUAUAUUAUUGGGUAAAACUUUAGCAGCUUCGUAUUCUGGAGAUGUCAUUACCCAAAAGCAUCAAAUAAAAUAAUUUUAUUUUUAGAAAAGGUGGCACGAGAAUCACUAUGUUUUGAAGGUAGAUUUGAAUUUUUGAAUAAUGGGAGCCCAGGAAAUUGUUCUGGUUUUAUUUUUGGAACAUACCACAUACUGAUGUCUUCCAUUAUCACCCUUCUUAAUGAAAUGUGACUUGUGUACCACUCAGUAUUAGGCUUGCUGAAAAUGUAACGGUAAAACCCUUUUACAAACUGCCAUGCCUUUUCCUUUUGUUUUGCGUGAAAAUGUAGAUCAAAUAACGGGAGUUUUGUUGACUUGCAGCCUGGUGUGUUUUACGUUUUAAAAAAAAAUAUAGUAGAGGGUUUUACGGCGCUCGCAACUUUUUAAGUCUUUGUUUUCAUUUUGUGUCAGAAGUAUUACAAUGUAAUCAGAUCUUAUAUAUCAUCAUCUGUUUUUAUAUUAUAAUGAUAUUAUGGUUGUGGCCUUGUCAUUUCUAUAAAAUUAUGAACUGCUGACAUAAUGACAAUGCUGUUUCUGUGCAGGAAUAAUUUUUAUUUUGAGCUGUGUGGGUUUAUACAGAAAUGCGCAAUUAUUAUUGUGAGGAACAUAUGAAUGGGGUUUGGAUGGGAAGAGGUUUCAGAUCUGCAUGAAACUGUAUAUUGAUAUUCUUUUGACUGUGUGUCAUGUGUGGCCAGCAAAAUGUGUCUAAAUAUAGGUUGAGUAUUGGUGCUAUCAUGACAUCUUUUUACAAUGUUUAUUUUUUUUUCAAUCAUUUCUUGAAAGUGAAUAACUUAAAAAAAAUUGAAGCUUAUUUCACUUCAUCUUUUUGUUGCUUCUUGUAGGUCAUGCCACAAAGGUCUGCAUGUUAUGUGAAUGAUUUUAAUUCUUUUCAAAGAUUAAUUAGGUACAGUUGUAAUUAUUGAUGACAGAGAGAGGGAGGGAGGGAGGGGGGGGAGAGAGAGAGAGAGAGAGAGAGAGAGAGAGAGAGAGAGAGAGAGAGAGAGAUAUUUUUAUGCAGUGUAUUGUUUUCACUAUGUUGCUCUCUUAACUAGCCUUAUUUUGAAAGACAGAGUGACAGGUACAUUGUUUUAGUCAAGUGGAUGACUGCAGUGUAGGCUAGUCCGUUUAUUAGUUGCCAUAUAUAUAUUAUUAUGUGUGUUUCAUUUUGUUUUGUAUCAAUUUAUCAUCUUAUUAGACCUAAAUAGUCAUUUCGAACUGAUCUCACUCUGCAAGGUUUUAGGAUCUAUAUUUUCUUGCUGGACCCCCUGUAGAAGUUAAAACAGAUUGGUAUUAUAGAGGGCUGAAAAGAAGACAUGUUAUCAAGGAAAGGAAGGCUACCGUACUACACCUUGUGCAAAAGAGAUCGAAACAUACAAUGGCUAGCUCCUGUCUAAUCUAGAAGAUACCCUCUUGCUCCACUUGACACCACAUUUCUGUGCUUGAUCUCAUUUUAUUUGAAAUCUUUUUUUGACAAAGUGGAUGUUCUUUUUUUUUUGUUUGUACGAGAUGUAUUUGUGCAAAAGAAUACAUAUUAUUAAAUAGUUUGUAUUCACAUUUGUGUGAAGUUUAUUUACCUUAGUGUUCAACUCUAAAGCUCAUAGUUACGUGUCUAUCCUUCUUUCAGACAAUUUAUUUUGAUCUUCAAAUAUGUGAGGCAACAUGUUGAAACCAGGCACUCGUCUAAAUAAUGAAAUUGAAGAAACUGUUUUUUUUCCACUGGUUUUAUCAAAUUUUUGGGGGGAGGGUCACCACCUUUUAAGUCCAUUUUUAACAACACGUUUCUGUGUGGAUUUUACUGAAACUAAAUACAUUGAUUAAUAAAGUCAGGAAAAUGCAAAUUUUCAAUUUCCACGGACUCUCAUGCAAUAGAAAUAACCAAACUUUGGCGGCUAUUUUCUCGCUAAUUCUGCCUCUGAAACCUGGUGACCCCUAUCUCCUUCAUUUGGGAAUAUCUCGACUUUCACGCAAGAUAAAUGUGUAUAUUUUUCAUCGCAAGCAAAACAAAUGAACAAGAUUUUAGUUUAAGAUGCUAUCAAUUACUCCACAUGCCCAAAAUUUGACGAGCGCCUGUUUCCACCGCUUCAUGACACAUUAUGUUUCCAGAUGAGGGCUGAUUGUAUCAUAGUAAUAUCCUUCUCUUCUUAGUACACAUGUAUUUUGAUUUCAUAGGUUUGGUUGAAUCUGGCUUUCAUUUGUUUCUCGGACAUUUGAUGUCAUGUAUUGAAAUUAAGUGUGUUAACUUAUUGAGGAUUCACACUUUGGUUAUUCGACAACACUUGAAAAAAAGAAAAAAGCUUAACUGUAUUAUUCAUGUUGGCUUUUCAAUUCUGUUUUUAAAAAUUUGAAACUCUAAAAGACAGACAGUAGAUGUAACUGGUGUGGUUUGCUCCUUCUUUCGUAUCAGACAUCUUUUUUCCUUAUCUUUUGUCCUUCUUCUCUUUGUUCGUUACUCUCGAGUAACGUCUUUAAUCUUUGGCAUUUAUAUGACCCAUAUGUGUUGCAAAUGUCACAAAACUGUCACUAAAACUUUUUCAAAACUAAAAACAAAAAUAAAAUGAAAUGUUUUUUUACAAAA